AUGCCCACCUCCGCAUCAGCCGUGGAGCCCGCCCUUGGCGGCGGCCCAACAAGGACCCUCGGCGUCACUCCGCCCAUCGCCACAAACGGGCCCACCCCAAGAGAGGUCGAAGUCACACAUACCCUCGUCGCAGAACUAGAGAGGCAGCGUGUAUUCGAGAGCGAUGAAGAGAGCAAAGUUCGUGAGGUCAUCUUGGGCAAGCUCGAUGCCAUGGUCAAGGACUUCGUAUACCGCGUCUCAAUAUCACACGGCAUGUCCGAAUCACUCGCUCGUGCGGCAGGCGGCAAAAUCUUCACCUUCGGCUCCUACCGUCUCGGCGUACACGGACCCGGCUCUGAUAUUGACACUCUCUGCGUCGUACCCAAGCACGUUCAGCGCGAAGACUUCUUCUCCGUAUUCGAGGGCAUGCUCAAGGAGCGCGAAGAAGUCACAGAGGUCGCAGGCGUCCCCACCGCACACGUGCCCCUCAUCGCUUCCAAAUUCAUGGGCGUCGAUAUCGAUUUCACCUUUGCUCGCUUGGCAUUACCCAGGGUCGAGGACAGCCUCUCUCUCGAGGACGACAACCUCCUGCGCAGCUUGGACGAGCGCGACGUACGCAGUCUCGGAGGUUCCCGAGUCACAGAUGGCAUCCUUCGCCUCGUGCCCAACAUCCACGUCUUCCGCAUGGCCCUGCGCUGCAUCAAGCUCUGGGCACAGCGUCGUGCCAUCUACUCCAACGUCAUGGGCUUCCUCGGCGGUGUCGCUUGGGCCAUGCUCACCGCGCGCAUCUGCCAGCUCUAUCCAAACGAGGCUGCCGGCGCCAUCGUCUCCCGCUUCUUCAUCAUCUUCUACCAGUGGAAGUGGCCCCAGCCCGUCCUCCUCACCCAGAUCGAGGACGGCCCGCUCUCCGUCCGCGUGUGGAACCCAAAGCUCUACCCCUCGGACCGCCUGCAUCGCAUGCCCAUCAUCACCCCCGCAUAUCCCGGCAUGUGCGCCACCCACAACGUCUCCCAGUCCACACAGAUGGUCAUGACCUCCGAAUUCAAGCGAGCCGCCGAGGUCGUCGAUCGCGUCAUCAUCGGCAAGACAGACUGGAGCGAGCUUUUCGCAAAGCACGACUUCUACUUCAAGUACAAGUACUACCUCCAGGUAAUCGCCUCUUCCGGCUCCGCCGACCUCCAGCUAAAAUGGCACGGCACCGUCGAGUCCAAGAUCCGUCAGCUCGUCAUGAAGCUCGAGCUGGUGCCCACCAUCACCUGCGCGCAUCCCUUCAUCAAAGGUUUCGACCAAGUCUCCGAAUGCCACAAUGACAACGAGGUGCGCCUGGUUGCCACAGGCGACAUUCCCGACGAAGUGGCUCAGCGCACCCAGAAGGUCGACGCCCUGCCCGAGACCGAGGAAGCCAAGCAGGCAGCCGAAGCAGAGGCAGCCAAGGCCACCCAAGGCAAAGAGGGCCAUCGCAUGAUCUACACCACCACCUUCUACAUCGGCCUCAGCAUCGAACCCAAGCUUGCUGGCGAGGGCCACCGCAAGCUCGACAUCAGCUAUCCCACCGCCGAAUUCACCAGCAAGGUCAAACAAUGGGAGCAGUACGACGAAGCGUCCAUGGGUAUCGUCGUGCGCCACAUCAAGUGGACCCAGUUGCCCGCCUACGUGUUUGAGGGCGGCGAGAACCGGGUCGCCGCCGCAGCCGCCAGCAGGGUCAACGGCAAGCGCGCAAAGUCGGGCAAGAAGAAGAACGGCGCUGCCGACGCGGCUGCAGACGACGCCUCGAACCAGGCCAACGGCGCCUCUCACGCCGCAGAGACUGUCACCGCCGUCGACAACGGAGACACCGAGAUGGCCUCUCCCACCAAGAAGCAGCGCACCGUGCCCGUACCAGGCUCGCUUGUUGCCGCCGCUGCCGACACGGCGGCUCCGACGUCGACGCCUACCCUACCGCUCCAGCCGGCCACAGCCUCCAAGGAGCUCGAAAACUUCCAGCUGGCCACGGGCAAUCAGCCCAUUGCAGCUUCCACCAACGCGCCCGCAAAUCAGUGA